CGCCGACGCGACGCCGGCGCCGCCGUCGACGACGCGCAGCCCGCUGGCGUCCCUGAGCAAGGUGAUGAACGCGCCGCGCGAGUACUACCCGGUGGGCUACGACAAGAACUUCGACGACAACUUCGCCUCGCGCGUCGAGCUGCCCGACACGUCCUUCUACUGCGGCGACCAGAAGCACUUCCCUGGCCUCUAUGGCGACGAGGACCUCGGAUGCAUGGUAUUCCACGUGUGUGCUCUUACGGACGAUGGCCUAAUUAUGAAAAGUUUCCUGUGCCCAGAAUCAACAUUAUUUGAUCAGACCAUUCUCAAGUGUAACUGGUGGUUUUAUGUUGACUGUAAGGCAUCUCGAAAGCUGUACGACAGCAAUAUUCCCAUUUCUAAAAGUUACCAGUUAAUGAAAGCCUUAGCUUUCUUUUCAUCAUACAAUAAAAAUUAAGUGAUUGAAAUGCUCAGAACAGAACUGUAAUGUAUUUAUUUAUUGUGCUCAUCACCGCACUUCGAAGAGACGACAGUGACUACUUUUGCUCUGAAAGGAUAUUUCGAGCAGAAAUGUGGAAUAUUUUACAAAUGACAUUGCGUCUACCUCUCCAAGCAAAUGUAUUCAUAAUUUGUUGUGGUUAUCUCUAAAACCUAAACAGAUUUGAAAAGUAUUAAAACUCUCAGCCGUUUGAUCCAUGUCACCGAAUUGUUGAUUCUAAACGACACUCUGAUUAAUUAGCGGGAAAUAAUUUGUUGCAAGUAAUAUAGCGAUUUGAAGAAACCAAAGGAAAAAAUGAAAAUCGUGCUUAGAUAUAAGUAGGGACACUUUUUCAUGUGCAUUCCUAUUUUUAAUUACCUCUAUAUUAACUCAAUUUAAAAAACAAAUAUGUUAUGCAAUAGUUGUUCUAUUUAUUCUGACUCAAAAACAGUACGCAAACUUUGAACUGUCUUAUUUAAUUCGUAAAUGAUAAAAAUACAGAUGGAAGAUGACAUUUAGUUUAGAUUAAUAGAAAUUGAAGUGGCAAAUAAAAUUAACAUGGAUUACGAGAAGGUUACCCCCCUACUUAAAGCACUCUACCAAAGCAAAAUCCUGGCCUGACAUUAUUUUUAAGAUGUUAUUAAUGAAUUUUCUCUUGGUUUCUUCAUUAUGUAGCACUUGUCUCAUCUGCUGAAAAAGUUUAGCAGA